CGAUCUGACUGUCAUCGUCGCCGAUCAAAAUUUUGGUUCUCGUUCGCCGCACACCGCCGCAAUUUUUCCUGGUAAAUUCCGUUUUGCUACGGUGAUAAAUUAGUUCCGAAAAGUGCGCCCGCCGCUCGAGCAGGUACCAGCUUCCGAACCCCACGAUGAGUGACAUCGAGGCCAAAUUCUUCGUGAGGGCGUUCCUGCGCUUCCUGAACGCCCAGCUGGAGCAGCCCAACUUUAGCUCAGAUUCCCGCGAGUCGCUCGAGGUGGCCAUCCAGUGUCUGGAGAAUGUGUACGAAAUUCCGCCGGCGGCUGGCGGUGCAGGGGAAUCGGCGCCCGCGGACGACGACGAGGCCAACCCGCUGAACCACAUUGACCUGUUUGAGGUUUACCGGAGUGCAUUUACCAACGUUUCGACGGAACGGAAGGCGGAAGCGGAAACGCUCAAGAACGAGGGCAACCGGCUCAUGAAGGAGGAAAAGUACCAGGAGGCACUCAACACGUACGGCAGAGCCAUCAGCCUGGACGCCACCAAUCCGGUGUUUUACUGUAACCGUGCCGCGGCCUACAGCCGGCUCGGUGACUACCAGCGUGCCGCCGACGACUGCCGGAUGUCGCUGCGGUACGAUCCGAACUACAGCAAAGCGUACGGCCGCCUAGGGUUGGCCUACUCCAAGAUGAACAAGAACGAGCAGGCACUCGAGGCGUACCAGAGCGCCCUGCGGAUCGAACCGGACAACCAGGACUACAAGAACAACAUGAGCGUGACCCAGCAACGGUUGGAGGAGCUACGAGCUGCCCCCGGGGGAGCCGGUGCCGUUGCCGGGGCAGGACCUGCCGCUGCAGCAGCAGCCGCGGCCGCCGCCGGAGGAAUGCCGAAUCUGGGCGCUGGAGGACUCGGCGGAAUCGACUUUGCUGCCGCCCUCAACAACCCCGCAUUGGUCAACAUGGCCACCCGAAUGAUGAGCGACCCGUCGAUCCAAAACAUGUUGGGCCAACUGUCCGGCAUGAACAACGUGGACGCCCUCCUCGAGACGGGCCGCCAGCUGGCCAUGCAGAUGAGCUCGCAGAAUCCGGACGUGUUUGCGAACGUGAUCCGGCAGAUGGAGCAGAGCGGUGUGACCCCGCCCGGCGCCGGACCGGCCUCGGAAAACCCCGACGACAACAACCAGCCCCCGCCGGCGGCGGAUUCUUAAGUGGCCAAAACGAAACAGAAAAACAAACAUCCGCACGCCACCCGCACUGUUGUUGUAGGCUUGCUGAAACCCUUAAGGUUUUGUUUUUUUUUUUCGAUUUUAAAACUUUUGCUAUGUUAAUUUAUUCGAAGUAAUUUAACCGAUUUGUGUGAAGAGAACGGACCUAGAAAUUGUGCGGCGAGAAUAGAGUUAUUUUAAACGAGUGGGUGGCGUGGCCAACGGAUAGAGGAUUCCCUUUUGUGGCGAGGACACCAACAAGUGUGGCAAUGAUUCAGCAAAAUUGACGAUUUUUCGUUUAAAUACAUAGCAAUGAAGUCAAUAAAUCUUAUCCAACGGAAAUAAA